GUAGUUGUAGUCGCUCAAUGUAGUGCUAAUGCGUUGCCUACGGCCGCCUACGGCUAAUGUCGCGUUUCUCUUUGGAGCGACACGCAACAUAUACCAUGACAUAGACGUUAACAUUGUUCUAUGGUAUUCGACAUGUACACAAUAGGUGGUAGGUUGUAGGUGUUUUUAUGAAUGGUGUUUACCAGAAUGAUAGGUUGCUGCGCCUAGUUUACACGUUCAUUGAAUUAGUAAAUCUAUGACAUUGAUAAACAAUAUACACGUUUCUAUAAAAGGAUAUAGAGGAGAUCCUAUUUCUGCUCCAAUGGUAGCUGAAAACCCAGCAUCUAGCAUUAGUAUAGCAGCUUACUAGACCCAACAACCUUAACACAGAAUUCUCAGCUUGCCGUCCUCGCGACGAUGCUGGAGCAGGAGUCGCCCGGCGGCAGCACGGGCGGGACACCGCACCGGAAGCUGAUGAAGAAGAAGAAACUGCCGGAGCCGACCAAGGACCUGGCAACCAAGGAUCUGACGCAGGGAUACUGUGUCCUGUUGGAGUUGCUGAAAGGCCACAAGACAUUCUUUUACCCGCCGGACAGCAGUGCAAAGAACAUGGUUGACUACUAUGAAGUUGUCAAGGAGCCCAUGUGGCUUGACGAAAUGCGUCGCAGGUUUGAGUCUGGUGAAUACCAGGAACUAAAGCAAUUUGCUGCAGAUAUGCGGCUAUUGCUGAAGAACUGUUAUCGCUUCUUUGGCGCCAACAACUUGGCAACAAAGCGUGCCUUGAAGCUGGAAUGCUCUUACAUCCAGUGCGUUUUGUUGCUUCCACAAGAACUGCAAAGCCAGUGUUCAUUGCUGCCAGAUGAUGAAGUUAUUGAAGUAGAAGACGGGGGCAGCGAGGGGUUCCGGUCCCAGCUGCUGGAGCGCGUCCUGGACGACCAGCGGAGGAAGGAGGAGGAGCGCCAGCGCCACGUGGCGGAGCAGGUCUCCCUCGCCGAGGAGAACAAGGACGUCAUCCGCUGGGAGCGGGAGGUCCUGGUCUCCGAGGCCCACGAGCGCCAGAUCAAGGGCAUGUGGGAGCUGCCGCUGAUCGGCCAGUUCGUGUACCUGGCGUUGGAUGCGCUCAACGUGGACGAGAUAUCGAUGUACGAGGUGGAGCGCAUGCUGCUGAUGCCGCAGGCCUCGCAUGCCCUGGCCCGUCUCGUCACGUCUCUGCUGAUAUCGCCCAAGCUGCGGCAGGCCAUGCUGCACCUGCCGCCCAUGUCCUACCACAUGUGGAGCCGUCGCUUGGCGCUCCGCGUCUCGUCCUGGUACCGCACCCACGCCAAGAACAACUGCAACACCCUCAGGACGUUCGAGAUGAUAGGUGUGGAGACAGAGUUUUGGAAAGUUCUUGGUGAAACAAAUCUUUUAGAAAAAUGUACAUUCCAUGAGUUAAGCUUUCACCAAAGAGUUUGGGUGUUGAAGUCACUUUGCGACUAUUGUCUGCACAAUCAAUUGACGUUGCAUAGUAAGAUAAGCACGCCAGAAAACCGCGACGCCUUCAAACAUAACUUGGGUAGGGAUCGCAGUGAUUUCCGGUACGACCACCUCCCCGAGUUGUGCGGGGAUGACCUGCGAGUCUACCGCCAGGCGCCCAACUGUAUGUCCCUUAUUGAGAGGGAUGAAAUGUACCGGGAGCAGUUAGCAUCACAGGCGGCGUGCCAGACAGAUGCAACAAAAGACUGCACCGCUGCGGACACUUGUUCUGACAAGAGAGGUAGCAGGAAGAGAAGGAAGGAACGCGUGAAAAGCUCGGAAUCGGACAGCGGCCUGAGCUGUGACUCCAGCGACACCAGGCCGUGUGACGACUCCAGCAACGAGCAGUCUCGUGCCGGGUCCAGCCUCAUACAGGCGAGGUUCGAUUACGUCAAGGAGCACGGGCAUAUCUACGACCCACACUGGCUCAGCCCAGAGAACUCUGGGUUUGAAGUCGUCGUGGAUUCCUACCAAGCCCUGAAUGAACUUAUCUCUAGGUUAAGCGGGGAGACAUCCGACCAAAACCUCUGCAAUGCUAAGACUCCUAAAAAAAAGCUCCCAAAAUGUGAGGCAGAAUUGGUGCAAGAACUUCAAAUUUUAGCGAGUAACCUCAAGGAAUUUGAAGCUGAGUUCAUUGCAUGUAUGAAGAGGGCUCGCGAGAAAAUGUACAAGGAGUGGCAGGAAUAUCAGACUAGACCCGAUGAUUUUGUGGACCCCAGUGAUGCCAUUUGGACUCUUAGUUCUGAUCAGCAUGAUGUGGUUGAUGAAAAAGUGGAUGACAAGAUCCAGAACUCCAUAUCACAACUUGACAGUGCCGUGAAAGAAAAUCACCAUGAAGAAAUUCCUGAGCACAAAUCAGAAGAGUUAGACGGGCGAGAGAGGUACUCACGUCGUGCCAGGCGCAAAGUAGACUUUGCUAACGCUCAAAUGCAGGGCGUUCUAAAUGACGACUUGCAAUUGGAUCUCCUGGUCAGUGACAUUGAUGACUACGAAGAAGAAGCUGAGGGAGAGGAGGAGGGAGAUGACGAUGAUGAUGAUGUGUGGGAAAUGCCGGGGAAAAAAAAGAAAGUUACCAACCCCAAACCACGUGGGCGAAAACGCAAGUUGAGUCUACCAGAUGCAGUACUUCCCGAUGGCUCUGUAGUCACUCCUAAGCCCAAAAAGUCUGGAGCCAAAAAGAUUGCAAAUACUUCUAAUAGUAAAGCAGGCCCUGUUCGUAAAAAUGCGUCAAGAAAGCUAUUCUGCAAUGAAAACUCAGAUGUUUCAGUUCCUCCUGUCCAAGAUUCAGCAUUACAUAGAACUGGUGAUGAAAAUGUGUGUGAACAGGUCCUGAGUGUGAAAAAGGAGGAAGACGCACUGCCGUCCACAGAACCUGCUGGUCAAGUAGCUGGAUGUGUGCAAGUGAGGACAGACCUGGGAGUCAAGCAAGAGAUCAAGGAAGAGCCAGGGGCAACAGUGAAGCAAGAGACCGAGCCAGUAGCCGACGACAGCGUCCUGUCUGCCCCGACGCAAAACGUAGACUUCCAACUCAACUCCAUGCCUCUGUUUGUGUACCAGCCCCAGCAGAUAAAUGCCCUCGCGGGGGCUUCGUCUGUGAUCGUUACGCCCAUCGUCGCUUCCAUGCCGUUUUCGUCCUCAAAUUGUGUUGGGGUGUCCCCUGCAUCACAGGUGCAGGCACCUAUGAUGGUUUCGCAGAUUUCGAUGGGUGUACCCACAUCUCAGGAUUCAAUGGCUGCACCCACGUCGCAGGUUUCCAUGAUGGCGGCACCCUCGUCGCAGGUUUCGAUGGCCAUAUCCUCACCACAGACUUCAUUGGCCAUGCCAAUGACACACAAUUCUGGUGCAGAAGCACCGGUCAGACAGACUGUACUGCAUCGAGUGGGUGGUCCCAGCCCUGUCAUUUCGUCAGAAGUGAUUUGUCUUGAUUCUGAUAGCAGUGACAGUGAUGUGGAGUUGGUUGAAGACAUCAAAGUUGAACCAAAAGCAGCCGUGCCAAAACCAGCCACGCCAAUCACUCCAGGGAGGAUAUCUUUCGUCCCUGAACACAUCUUGAAGAACGAAGUUACUCCACCUAAAAACAUUCAUCCUCUGAGCACGCUUAAGAAAGCUUUGGAUAAGCGACUCAAUGUGGCCAUAUCAGGUGAAGCCCCGAAAGAGGUCAAUCAGAGGCUGCCAAUCACGAUGCAGCAUCAGUACCAAAAUAUGGUCACUACACCACCAACACAAACUCUGCCAGUCAGAACAUUUAAUGCAAGAAACAGCACUCCAACUCGUUCCCCAAAUUCUUCAACUUUUCUACAGAGCUCACCUAACACACCAACACAACAGCAGGGGUCAGGAAGAGGAACAGAUAUUUUUUCGUCAUUCCUGAGUACCCCUAAAAAGCAGCCUGCUGCAUAUCCUACAACUCCUAGGAACACCUUGCCCCCUACAUUUUCGAAUUCCCCCAGGACUGAGACCCCAGCUUAUUAUAAUUCCCCAAGGGGUAUGUCUGCUUCCUUCACGAAUUCCCCAAGGGGUGUGUCUCCUUCCUUCACGAACUCCCAGAGGGCGGGAGCCCCGGCAACGUUCUCGCCGAGUGCAGCGCAGUGGAACUCACCCCAAGGACAGUACUCUCCCCGGCCAGUGACGCGUGGCAGAGGCAGCUACGCGGCACGUCAGAGAACCCCCAUCAGAGGCCAGAGUGUCGCCGGCCGGGGCAGAGCCUCGCCCGCAGCCUCGUCUCCCAGGCAGACGGCUCGGCUGUUUCAACAGGACAACGGGAGUUCCACGCCGGGCUCGCUGCCGAUUGUUGGCGACGUCGACCACACCACCGGUAGUUUUCGGUACGCCUUGGUCAUGUCCAACGGGAGCAAGAUCCCUCUGACGCCCGAGCAGGUUGAUCAGAUACGCAAAGGAAAUGGUGGGAUGCUGCCAUCUAGUCUUUAAGGGAGGUUCCAUGGUAGCGAUGUGAUUUGUUUGUUAGAUAAAGUGGGUCUGUUACUUGUUGCUUCUAGUUUAUUUUAGAAUUAAGUAAUUUUAUGUGCCAUAAACAGUGCAAAGUGAAAGAGACUUGAUUAGAUUAGCAGGCAUUAGACAGAUAUGCUGUCACUGCUUUAUAAAUUUAUAUUGAACAAUUUAGUUGGUAUAUUUUUAAGACUGAAACACAUAAAUGGGUACAUGUCUUCAUGUAUGGAUAAAUGCCUUUUAUAAAACAAGUGUGUAUGUGGUAUUUGAAUCCUCUUUUAAUUAUAUCUUUAAAUUUUAUAGUUUUCAUAGAAACAAUUUAAAUGUGACAAAUUAUUGUUGAAUUAAGUCAGCUAAAAUUAUUUAAACUACAUUUUAUUCUGUGAUUAUGACUUAUUAUUAUUCAGUAGGCCUACUGGUUUAUCUCCUGUUUGGAGUUUUAAAUUUGUAGUCACAAUUAUUUUGUGGCUGUAAUAUAGUAUUAUUAUUUACUACCUAUUUAUUAGGUAAUUAGCAUUGCCUUCAACGUAUUAAAAUAGGUUUGGCUUGCAGUACUGGCACAAUGUGAGUUAACACACCUCAGUAUUUUAUCCCAAAUUUUUGGGUAAUGUAAUUUUUAUUUUUGGUUCAAACAACAAUUGAUUAUUUAGAAACAAUAUAUUAUUUAGACUGCUGAUCAAAACAUGUGCUUGCAUUUCAUUAUAAUUUUUAGUUCAAUAUUCUUGUAAGUACCAAAUUUUUGUAAAAUUGUAUUAAUUUCUUUAAAAAAGUGUUUACAUAUUUGGUUUGUGUGGUGGACAAGCAUCUGUCAUUUGAGUUGAAGAGCAUGUUUGGGAACAUCUAGAGCAGUGUUAAUGUUUGUCUCAGAUAAUAAAUUAAACUCAUUCAUAAAUCUAGGCUUUGUAACAAAUUGAAGCCUUUAUUGCAGAGAGUAAUACGUACAACACUAUUUCAUGAUUUCAUUGCCAAACCUAUACUACGGUUAUCUUUUGCGAGACUAAUUAACCCCUUACUGCCCAAAAGUAUUAAAAUUGCAUAAGAAUUUUUUUAAUGCAUAUAUUCUUUAUUAGCUAAUCAAAGGGUAACUUCAAAUUUUUUGGUAAUUUUUACAUCGUUAUAAUUAUAAAAUCCAGGUAUGUAUUAUAUUUUAUACAUUGAGCACUUAUGGUAUAAUAUUAUUUACAUAUACAGAUAAUUUAUUUUUAUCCUUACCAAGAGCAAAAUUGCAGGAAUGGUUUUUAUGAAAUAUUACAAUUUGUCACAAAAAGGUUUUAUACAGUUUACAUAAAAAAAUUGCAAAUGUAAAAAAUCUUAUGAGCAAAAUAGUUCACCACUCAUGUUUACAAAUGAAACUCUGUGAAGCAGUUUCGUAAUUGUGAUAAACACAAAUUUACUGAACAUUUUGUGCACACCACACUAGAAAACAUUUUACAUGAAGGAUAUUUGCACCUCUGUCUUCUUUCUGAAAAUGAUGGCCAAUGUGCGACGUUGUCCCUUCUGGUGUCAAAGCUGGGAAUAGGUGCCGCUGGUCCACGUUUUUUCUUUGCUUCAUAACUCUUCUCUACAUCAGUCCGAGGAGAUGAUCUGUCUCUUUUUUCAUCUCUU